GGCUUUGCGUGAGGCACCGCGUGGGGCGGGGCCUGCGGGCGGGCGCCGCUCGCCUUGGUCGGGUCGACCCGCGGGCGGAACGCGGCCGCCGGGCUGAGGCGGUGCGGCGGCGGCCGGAGCGGUUUGGGCGGCGCACGGGGCGAAGAUGGCGGCGGAGCGACAGGAGGCGCUGAGGGAGUUCGUGGCGGUGACGGGCGCCGAGGAGGACCGGGCCCGCUUCUUCCUCGAGUCGGCCGGCUGGGACCUCCAGAUCGCCCUAGCCAGCUUUUAUGAGGAUGGAGGGGACGAAGACAUUGUGACCAUUUCACAGGCAACCCCCAGUUCGGUAUCCAGAGGCACAGCCCCCAGUGAUAAUAGGGUGACGUCCUUCAGAGACCUCAUUCAUGACCAAGACGAGGAGGAGGAGGAGGAGGAGGGCCAGAGGAGCAGGUUUUAUGCCGGGGGCUCAGAGAGAAGUGGACAGCAGAUUGUUGGCCCUCCCAGGAAGAAAAGUCCCAACGAGCUGGUAGAUGAUCUCUUUAAAGGUGCCAAGGAGCAUGGAGCUGUAGCUGUGGAACGAGUGACCAAGAGCCCUGGAGAGACCAGUAAACCGAGACCGUUUGCAGGGGGCGGCUACCGCCUUGGGGCAGCACCAGAGGAAGAGUCUGCCUACGUGGCAGGAGAAAGGAGGCGGCAUUCCAGCCAAGAUGUUCAUGUAGUGUUGAAGCUCUGGAAGAGCGGAUUCAGCCUGGACAAUGGUGAACUCAGAAGCUACCAAGACCCAUCCAAUGCCCAGUUUCUGGAGUCUAUACGCAGAGGGGAGGUGCCAGCAGAGCUGCGGAGGUUAGCGCACGGUGGACAGGUGAAUUUGGACAUGGAGGACCAUCGGGACGAGGAUUUUGUGAAGCCCAAGGGAGCCUUCAAAGCCUUCACUGGCGAGGGCCAGAAACUGGGCAGCACUGCCCCCCAAGUGUUGAAUACCAGCUCUCCAGCCCAACAGGCAGAAAACGAAGCCAAAGCCAGCUCCUCCAUCUCAAUCGAUGAGGCACAGCCUACCACAAACAUCCAAAUACGGCUUGCUGACGGCGGGAGGCUGGUGCAGAAGUUUAACCACAGCCACAGGAUCAGCGACAUCCGACUCUUCAUCGUGGAUGCCCGGCCAGCCAUGGCUGCCACCAGCUUUGUCCUCAUGACCACCUUCCCAAACAAAGAGCUGGCUGACGAAAGCCAGACCCUGAAGGAAGCCAACCUGCUCAACGCCGUCAUCGUGCAGCGGUUAACAUAACCAUCUGGCCCGGCCGUGCCUCCCUCUGUCUCCCGUGGCCAGCUGCCCCAUGGGGACCGCCCCCCCCCCCCACCCUCUCCUGCACACCCAGCAGUCCAGUGCCACGUCUUCUCCGUAGCUCUGGGUUCUUAGAUCUCGGUUGGACAUUUGUUUUCUCCUUAGUUGCAUUUCCUGGGUUUUUGUGACGAUCAAUGGACUUUAAAGAAAAAAAUAAAAACAACCAAAAAAAUUGAAGGGAUAUCACCAGCAUGUUGCACAGAACCUCUCCCACUGCAGCAAAUUCUGAUCGCUUUAAAAUCAUAUUUACCUCCUGGGCAUGUCGGGAGGAGCCUGCCUUCCAUCCUUUCUGCGUAAAAGUUUCUUGUGGCACACAGCUCCCAUCCACUCAUGUGUCCACCAGCCACCCCUCAGAUGACUGGUGGAGGAUUGCCCCCUUUAUAGGAAAGGAAGCAGGAGGACUUGUAGAAGGAGGCUUUGUAGCCACUUCCUCCCACAAGAGCAGAUCUCGUGCCAGGAUAAAACUGGGCAGUAGCAAGAGGUCCCUGUAGUGUGAGGUCAGAUCUAGAUGCACACGACCCCUUCAGGUGAAAAUGAAACUUCCCUGUGCUCCUUUCACUCAAACCCUGGGCAAUUCAAGCUCCCAGCCCUUGGCCAGUUGAGAGUCUAACUACACCUGCCUGCCCAGCACUUUCCUCCCUCAUCCAGGCUGCUCCCACCCUGGUGAUUCUUAGCCACUCUGUCAUUGCUUUCCUUACUCCACGUGCAGAAAUCUGUACCCAGGACAUAGAGGGGAUAUCUUAUUGGGAAACAGUUCGUGCCCACCCAAACGAGUUCAGAGUCAAGGUAUCUUGGCCUAAAAGAGAAACAGAGUCAAAAUGUCACUGAGCUCUUCACUGAUGCUGCGUGGCAAACCAACUGUUGAAGAAGGGAUGGGUUCCCCGUGCUGCCAGCACCUUUUCCUCUGUUAGCAUUUGCAGGAGGCUUCUGCUGAGCAGAUUUGGAGAGCGAAUGUAGUGUCAGUGUGUAGCUUUCAUGUGCAGGUUCGUUUCACAGUUGUCCUCUGCCCUGCUGAGUUAUGACUGGCAGUAACUUGGACAGUAGUCCCAGCCAGGUAAAGACCCUCCCCCCUGAGUGUGCUUCCUGUGCAAGUGGGAGAGGAGGAUCACCGGGGCCUUGGAUGGAAGCCUUUACACCUCCCUAUUAAAUGAACCACAGGCUUAGAAUCAACACUGACUCAGAAUCUCCUGGUUUUGAAUCAUAACGUGCCUCAAUCCUUUUCUCAAGCAGUCGUCACCAAUCACUCUCUCUUUCCUGCUUCACACCUUGCGACAAGCCAGGAACCAACACUACUGCUACCAAGAGCUGGGGUUUCAACCCAGACCCAUCCUGAGAAAGGCACUUGGCUUGGUGUUUGCAACCCCACACUGGUGAGGGCCUGCCGGGCUGCAGCAUCUGCCACAGCUUGCCCUCCAGCAGGUGGAGGUAAACUAUGGAAACUAAGUGCAGGGUGGGGGAACUUUGUAAAUUGUCACCUUGACCAUUAAAAACCAGAAUGAGGA